CAAAGUUACCAAAAAAGAAGAUUCGCGGUUCUUCAUGUCACGCACCACGUGGUGGAAACGGCCAAUCACAACGAAGCAUUGUUCUCGAAGAAUCAUGGGUAAUGAAGUUUUCUUGCCGGGUUAGCAUUCCUGGAAAAGCAAAGGCGUUAAACCGUUGAUGUUGUGUGGGAAAAAAUGAUAUAAAAAGUAUUUUGGGUUAAUUCAAAUGUAUGAAUCAUUGAAUUAAUUUAAUGUAUUAAGUUGUGUAAAACUAAUCGGCUAUUUAUGCAAUUUAUAAACACAUGAAUUUACUUUUGCACUGCAGAUGCAAUUACAUGCUUCAUCAAGUACACGCCGUGUGUGCAAUGAUGCCACGCACACACAGACACGCAAACACGCGCGCACAGUGUAGGCUACGUCAGACAUGGAUUAAAGGAUGUGGGUUAGCCCUGAAUUAUCCACGGCUGUGUGCAGUGGAUGUGUACAGUGCAAGCGUCGAGUACUCAUCUCUGGACUCUGCUUGGGGAGAUAUUUUUUUACUUGCAGACACAUGCUGGUGCUUGCAUGGUUUAUGCUGCAGGGAUUUGCUUUGCUUUUGCUGCACACAGAUGAGAGGAAAGCAUCGUGAUGCUUUCACGGAGGCGAGAGUGAAGUGAUGCUGGGAUUUGGACUAAAAGGAGGAGACGAGAGUGUCAAAUAGAAGCGGUGCAUUCAAGUGUUUUUCCCGAAAAGGCUCACAUCUGUCAAGUCCUGAGGAGGAUGGUCCCGGGGGCUCCGAGCACCGGCACCUGCACCGGCACCACAAUGCUCCCCGCCUCGGAGGCGGCCAAGAUUUACCAGACCAACUACGUGCGUAACUCCCGCGCCAUCGGCGUGCUGUGGGCCAUCUUCACUAUCCUCUUCGCCAUCGUCAAUGUGGUGUGCUUCAUCCAGCCCUACUGGAUCGGAGACGGCGCCGACACCCCGCAGGCUGGCUACUUCGGCCUCUUCCACUACUGCAUUGGCAAUGGCCUGUCCCGGGACCUGACGUGCCAGGGCAGCUUCACCGAGUUCGCCAGCAUCCCCUCCGGUGCGUUCAAGGCCGCCUCCUUCUUCAUCGGCAUGUCCAUGGUGCUGGUGCUCAGCUGCAUCGGCUGCUUCGCCCUCUUCUUCUUCUGCAGCACGGGUACGGUCUACAAGAUCUGUGGAUGGAUGCAGCUGGCUGCAGGCACGUGUCUGAUCCUGGGCUGCAUGAUCUACCCUGACGGCUGGGACAGCGACGAGGUGAAGCGGAUGUGCGGCGAGCAGACGGACAAAUACACGCUGGGCGCCUGCUCGGUGCGCUGGGCCUACAUCCUGGCCAUCAUGGGCAUCAUGGACGCCCUCAUCCUCUCCUUCCUGGCCUUCGUGCUGGGCAACCGCCAGGACAACCUCGUGUCCGAGGAGCUGCUGGGAGACAAGAGUGGUAGCAAUGCCAUAUAACGUGCAGGAAAGCAGCAGUGUCACACGUGCAAAAGGUCUACUUCCUGCAUCAUGAUGUCACCUGAGUAUGCUGCCGUCUUCUUCUGGUCACAGCUGAUGCUCGGAUGUUGGUGAAAAAUCCCAGUCCACGUGGGAAUAUUCCAUGUGUAAAACAGCCGUCUCGUUCACCUGGGACUGCUUCUUUUUUCGGCAGUUUGCUUGUGUUGUGUCCUGAAUGGGACAUCUGUCCGUGUGGAUGGGACACAGCUUCACCUAUAAACUGGUUUUAAAAAAUACAAAAAAAAGAAGACUUUUUGCUCUGGGACAAUUUGGACAAAGAAAAACAGCCUCACUUUCAUUCCUGCAGGUCCAAACUGAGGAGAGCUGCUAACAAAAAAAAAAGUAAUGUUUUGUUACACUUUAAUGUUUGGUGUAUAACUGUAGAGGUGAAAAUGUUGUUGCAACAUAUUUUGAGGAAAUAAUAAUAGUCUAUAACUAUCAUCUCUAAAAAUAGUGUGUGCCAUACAGUUCCGUUCUGACCGUAUUGUGGAGUACUAAAGCGCCGCCUCCUCACAGCUUUCUGCAGAGCAAAGCAUUAUGGGAAAGACAGCAGAUAACGUGCUGCAUGCUACCUCUACAGUUCAUUCAUCAUGUUUUGCUUUUGUCCAAUAAAUACAUCAUUGAA